AUGUUCUAUGAUCUCAACCUGCCCUAUGCCUCGGACGAUCCCGAGAUUUCCAAUACCUUAAGUUUUCUUGCAGAACUUGGUUACACCACCGUUGCUCUAUCCCAGUCCAUUAGUGGAAAACUUCCUUCAAACCCUACUCCCCCGCCUGCACCAAAGAAUGUUCCCAAGGGCCUGACGCUCCUAACUCGCCUGAACCUGACCCUCUCCGACCCCGCGCAGAACCAGCGACUUGCCAGCCUGACUCAGGUUUAUGAUCUCGUCGCAAUAAGGCCUACCAAUGAAAAGGCGCUUUUGAACGCAUGCACCAAUCUCGAGUGUGAUAUCAUUUCCCUGGAUUUCUCCAUACGCCUGCCCUUUCACUUCAAAUUCAAGAUGGUGUCCGCUGCUAUAUCACGUGGGGUUCGGUUUGAGAUCUGCUAUGGACCAGGGAUCACAGGGAGCGGAAUUGAUGCUCGCCGCAACCUAAUCGGGAAUGCGAUAUCGUUAAUACGAGCCACGCGCGGCCGGGGGAUCAUCAUAUCGAGCGAGGCGCAGCGAGCCCUGGCUGUUCGGGCACCAUGGGAUGUGAUCAACCUGGCGUGCGUUUGGGGUCUUUCGCAGGAGCGUGGCAAAGAGGCAAUCUGCGAGGAAGCCCGGAAGGUGACCGCCUUGGCCAAGCUGAAGCGGACCAGUUGGCGAGGAAUCAUCGAUAUUGUGGAAGGGGGAGAAGCUAAGACGAAAGCGGACGGACCGGCGCAGAAAAAGUCCCAGGAGGCCACGGGUGACAACUUGAAGAGGAAAGCAUCAGUGGGGUCGGAGCCAACAGGCGAAGAGGCGGAGAAACCGCUUUCCAAGCGCGAAAUGAAGCGCCGGGCCAAGAAGGCUCGGUUGGAGUCUGCCGGAGCUUGA